UUAUUCGUCAGGCAUUUACAACAGCAUUGGUCGCCAGCUGAUUUUUUUUCCCAGAUUGAUCGUGCAGCCAUAUUGGUUUGAAUUGUUUGAUAAUCCGUUUGAAAAUUUCGAUCUAGAAUUUCUGAAAUCUUCGUAAAUAAAGAAAGAGUUGACAUAGUUGAUCUGUACUAUUGCUGCUCUGAGGUGUUUGUAACUGGUUGCUAAUGUCAGUGUCGGCCACAGAGGGAAGCUUCAAAGACCACUUUCCUGGGCUUUGAAGCUUUCACCUGCCAGCCCUCUGCCUUUCAUGGAACUAUGAGCCUAGACUCACUGUCACUGGCGCUGACACAGAUCCAAUACCUGGUCAACAGCCUUAACAAGAAGAACUAUCUUCAAUCUAGAAAUAGCAUUGAAGAUCUGGUUACCAUUUAUGGUACUGAAGCUGAAAGACAUCUACUUUGUUGCUGUCUUGCUGGAGUUGACUUUGUUGGGUUAGGAAACAACGAAAAUUCAUCCCUCAAAUCAAGCAAUCCCAGUAAGGAGAAAGAAAGAGAGCAGCUUUUGACUGACUAUUUUGGAUGUUGCAUCACUCAGCCAGCUUUCCCUAGUCUUCUGCAUAGUUCCCUUGAACAGCCAUUAAGAAGCAAUUUCAAUAGAAGUGUUCAACAACUACCGAAAAACAGCUCAGCAUUCAUCAGCCUAUUUUGCCGGUUUCUGCGAUUAUCACGCAGCCAGGAAGUAGUUCUUAGGAUUGCUCUUUUAGAAUCAUUUAACUCCGAAGCGCGUUCACAGUCUAUAUUGGUCAUACGCCAGAAGCUUGGUGAGCUUUUGAAAAACUUCGCGGACCAAGAUAGGCAUACUGCCCCAUUGGAAGGAGGGCUACAGGAAUCGUCUCCUGAAGUCAUUCAUUACAUUCUUAGUCGAUUGAUCAACGAAUCCGAUAAAUUUGGGAUCAACAGAGAUCUUGUAGAGGACGUAUUGAGGUGUUUGCGUCGUGACUACCCUCGUGAACUGGUCCCUGUCAUUUUGGCCCCGAUCCUGUACGAGGAGCAAGGGGUAGACUAUACCUGCCAUAAAAUGGCACACGAAACCAACAGCCUGAGCAAGAAUAUGGUAGAAACUUCCUUGGCGGAUUUGAUCCUUGAAACAGGAUAUUCAUUCACAUCAAGUCUCGAAGAAUGUCGUGCAAACUUCACGGCCUUUGGGUUUCGAGAGUUGUCUGCCGCUUCUGUGGCUCGUGCAGUUAUUUAUAUGGCUCGUACUCAUGCAGUACUGGACGAACAUUCUCUUAGACACUUGAGAAAUGGUACUUCGCAAUCCUGGCCUGAGCAAGAAUCCUCCGGCGAUAAGAACGACGAAGGUUCGCCUACCUCAUGGAACAUGGAAAUAUUUAUUCAGGUUGUUACUGAAAUAGCACCAAGUUUGAACUGGAAAGAAGUCGUUUCUGAACUGGACCACCCUUGCUUUCUCAUAAGGGAUAGAACAGGAUUACGUCUUCUACUCACUGCUUUGCAACUGGGCCUACAAACACAAGGCACUACUUUCCCAACCGACCUGUUGUACCAAUCAUGGAACAACGCUGAAGGCCAGCUCUCAUUGCUUUCGCAACUACUGAGGAAUACGGAUCUUUUUUGCCUUGCGGACUAUCCACACCAUGCCAUUAACGUUGAAAUCCUGAAAUCCCCUCCUGAACCAGAUAACAAGAAGCUCGCCAGUUGGAAGUGUUUAGGACUGCUUGAAACUCUACUCAACUUAUUGGAAAAUGGUGGCCUUUAUAGCCAGGUGCAAGACUUACUAAAGGAACCUGUACAGCACUGCCCGGAUGUAUUGGUCCUUGGGCUUCUUCAGCUGACACAACCAAUGACAAAGCUUAGACAAGAAUUACUCAGUAGUUUAAUUCCCGUCUUUCUGGGCAACCACCCAAAUUCUGCCAUCAUAUUACACCAUGUCUGGCACGCACAAUCGCCCUUGGUCAAACCUCUGGUGAUGCAUGCAAUGGCAGAAUGGUACAUGAGAGCUGAACAUGAUCAAGCUCGUUUAUCUAGGAUCCUUGACGUAGCACAGGACCUGAAGGCUCUGUCUAUGCUUCUAAACGUGCAACGUUUCCCUUUUGUUAUCGACCUUUCUUGUCUAGCUUCACGGCGUGAAUAUCUAAAACUUGACAAAUGGCUGACGGACAAAAUGCGUGAACAUGGUGAAACUUUCGUCGCUGCAUGCGUAAACUUCCUCCACCAAAGAUGCCCUCAGAUAUCAGGCAAAGUCAAGGAAGAAACGGGCCUCAAACCCACGCAGCUACCGCCUGAUACGCUCGCAAUCAUGUUGUCGUGCCUCCAGGUUUGGACUGGGAAUGUGUCACAAGAGUUGUCAGAGACCAUCAAUACCAUGGUUGCCAACUGCAACGUAUUGAACCGUGCACGUGCGCAACCUCCACCAGGCGUUUUGAAACCAAUCCGUCCCGGUAGUGGAGUGGGAGUCGACGUUUCGUUUCCACCUGGAACGUUGAGCAGUCAGUUGUUUCCGCCUCCUGGAGUUGACGCCACAGGCCUUUCGUCUAGCCUCAACAACAUGGGCCUAGGUCCACCGACGUCGUCGGGAUUUGGAGUUAACAUAGGACCAAAUACGCUUGGUGGGAAUACCCCGGCGCCAGGGUCACCUGGAAAAUUAUUUUCUAGCAUGUCUUUACUAGAAUCUGGUUUGAACCAGCCAGUAGUUGUGGGAAUGCAGAACAAUUCAAAUCCAAGUCAAAUCCAAAGUACGUUCUCUAUUUUUUCUUCCUUAACGGGAAGCGGGACCAUGCCUGGAUCUUCCAGCACUAACCCACUAGGCAUAGGUAUUCCAUCUUCUAUGGCAAGUGGAAGCGGAAACGGCCAAUCGAGUGUGGUUACAAGCAACAUCGGGUCUGGUACUGUUGGUUCUCCCGGAUCAGUCGUUAACGGCCCAGUGCGUGUAGGAAUGAACCCACACCUAGGCCAAGAACGAAGAACAGGUGAUGUUUCAAGUGCAUUCGCCGAUAUGCCGCAAGCUGUUUCAAAAGAUAUUGAAGACGAAACAAACAGCUAUUUUCAACGGAUUUACAAUCAAUCGCCUUCCACCCCUACUUUAACAGUGGACGAAGUCCUCGAGCUCCUGAAAAAGUUCCAACAUUCCACCAACCGUCGCGAGAGGGAAAUCUUUGAUUGCAUGUUACGGAAUCUUUUCGAAGAGUAUCGCUUUUUCCCGCAGUAUCCAGAUCGCGAGUUGCACAUAACUGCUCAGCUAUUCGGUGGAAUAAUGGAGCAUGGUCUCGUGACCUAUAUGGCUUUGGGGGUGGCGCUUCGUUACGUACUGGAAGCUGUCCGAAAACCGCAUGGCACAAAGAUGUACUAUUUUGGCAUCACCGCCCUAGACCGGUUCAGACAUAGAUUGAAAGAAUAUCCCCAAUAUUGUCAGCACUUGGCUAGUAUUCCCCAUUUCCGGGAAUUUCCCCCUCAUCUGAUCGAGUAUAUAGAUAACGGUUCACGUGGUGUUGAGCCGCCGAACCGUCCUCAUGGGCCGGUACUACCGCAAGUGACGACAGCUGCGAAAACUACUACUCCAACAACACCGACUACUACAGUUGCUGGUAAAACUUCUUCUACAGCAGCACCCAUGAGUGGCCGGCCCUCUAUAGCCAACGCCACCAACAUCGACACAUUACUAGUUGCUUCAGAGAAAGAUGUCUUGAUUGUUGAUCCACCAGAGAAUGUCCAAGACAAAGUCAGCUUCAUAUUCAAUAACCUAAGUCAAUUGAAUUUAACCCAGAAGUGCGAAGAAUUACGUGAUAUCAUGGGCGAGGAGCACUGGUCAUGGGUUGCCCAAUACUUGGUGAUGAAAAGGGCUUCGAUAGAGCCAAAUUUUCACACACUUUAUUCCAACUUCCUUGACACGUUAAAGUUGACGGAAUUGAGUAGACUUGUCAUCAGUGAGACGUUCCGCAACAUAAAGGUACUUCUUCGCAGCGAUAAGGGAAUAGCCAACUUCUCCGACCGAACACUCCUCAAAAAUCUUGGCCAUUGGCUUGGCCUCUUGAUGUUGUCCAAGAACCGACCGAUUCUUCAGGGAGAUAUUGAUUUGAAGUCGAUCCUAGUCGAAGCGUAUCAUAAAGGCCAGCAGGAGCUGCUCUACGUGGUGCCGUUCGUGGCCAAAGUCUUAGAAUCCUGCGCCAAGAGCAAAGUUUUCAAACCACCCAAUCCAUGGACUUUAGGAAUCAUGAAUGUGUUGGCAGAAUUGCAUCAAGAACCCGAUUUGAAACUUAAUCUUAAAUUUGAAGUCGAAGUUCUUUGUAAGACUUUGGCCAUAGAUAUUCACGACCUCAAACCUGGCGUAGUCUUUAAAGACCACAACCGUCUUUCGCGUUUAGAACCGCAAUUGUCUCAGCCACAACUACAACAAAUGUACCAACCUGCACCACAACUUCAAAUCAUUCAGCAGCAACAACAACAACAGCAGCAGCAGCAGCAGCAGCAACAACAACAACAGCAGCAGCAGCAGCAGCAACAGCAACAACAACAACAACAACAGCCGCCACCUCCUCCGCCGCCACAACUAGCAGGUUCACCUGCUCAACAAAUGCAAUCGCAAACAGGCACAACGACCCCAACUCCUGCCCACGCAAUUCAAGGUCCUCCCGAACCACGCUUUUCGUACUUGGACAUAAACGUCACUUCUCUGGCGGGACUUGCUCAGCAUUUAGUAGUUAACAACAACAUACCGCUACUGACAGCUCAUCCGAACCUGAGGAUUUUAAUUCGUCCGGCUGUCGAACGAGCCGUACAAGAAUGUAUUCAUCCAGUUGUUGAUUGGUCUAUGAAGAUAGCUUUAACCACGUGUGAGCAAAUAAUUAAAAAAGACUUCUCGCUCGAUGCCGACGAUACCCGCAUGCGGGCGGCUGCUCAUCACAUGGUCCGCAGCCUUAGCGCAGGCACGGCGUUGAUUCGUUGUCGAGAUCACUUGCUUCUAACCAUUGCCACCAAUCUUAAGACAGCAUUUUCGGCAGCGCUGCAAAGAAGCACUAGUCCUCAACAAAAAGAGCUGGUUGAACAGGCGGCCAGUUUAACCGCCCAAGAUAAUGUUGAACCCGCGUGUGCUUUUAUUCAGAAGACGGCAGUUGAGAAAUCGAUCUCUGAAAUUGAUAAGCGCCUUGCAACUGAGUUUGAUUUGCGCAAACACGCACGCAACGAAGGUAGAAGAUACUAUGACCCUGCUGUUUUUGCAUAUCAGGCUGAGCGGAUGCCAGAGCCUAUUCGUUUGAAAAUGAGCGGUGUCACAGCACAGCAGGCUGCUGUUUAUGAGGAGUUUGCCCGAUACAUCCCUGGCUUCUUACCUGUCACCGAACGAGAUGCAGCCAUGCUGGUGCCUAAAGUGAUUCCAACAUUUACCAAUGAUGAAAUCGGAGUAAUUUUGGAAAAAGUUGCCAUGGAGCUGGAACGUUUCUUGCAAUCAUUGUUGCCACUGGGCAGCUCAACACAAGCAGUUGCAAUCGGUUCCCUUUUGGAAGCUGUCAUCUUAGCUCGUUCCUCUCGUGACCAUGGAGCCCACAUCACUUUGCUUCAGAAAGCUUUCGAAGGACUCGUGGAAAGUCUGACAAGCUUUGCUACUACUGGAAACGACCCCGAAGCGGUGGUCCGUUUUCGCGACGCACAUUUGUUAGUCCUUAAAGCCUUGCAAGAUCCUCAAGCAUAUGGGCCGCAAUGGACUAAUCGUCAGGUGACGCGUUGUUGGGCCGAGUGCCGUGAAGAGUUCAGAUAUAACCUUGAUAUUCUUGACUGCCUGGUGCGGGCUCACCUCAUUAACUUGCAACAAUUUGACAUGCAAUUAGCUUCUGUGCUAGAACAAGCCCUAAACGCUGGGAUAGGAUCUUCUAUAUUAGCACUCGGUUUUGCCAUGCAACUAGUACACGUCUAUUUACUCGAGGGACCAGCUUCCGGAGCCCCUGUGGUUAUCACAGAGAAUGACUUAGCAAACACAAUCGAAAUUCUGACCCGCAUUGCUGCUCACGCCAGACAACCGCCAGAUGGUCUUGCAACUAUUCUGGAAUUACUACGAGCCGGCCACGAGACGGGGCUCAUGGAUCGUGCGACUGGUGGUCCAGGUGGUCCAACAGCUUUGAUACAUUCUGGAAUUGCUCAAGCUCGCGACUAUGACGAUCCGCAUGGGUUGCCAGAAAAAACAGAAUACCUACUGCAGGAGUGGGUAGCGAUGUAUCAUCUACCGAACGCUGGGCGCGAUUCAUCUAAAGCCUUUGGUCACUUUGUGACCCAAAUGAGUCUACAUGGAGUAUUGAAAACGGAUGACCUAAUUACUCGCUUUUUCCGGCUCUGCACGCAGUUUUGCGUUGAUAUCUCCUAUCGAGCUUUGGCUUCGGAGCCAACUGCCGACUUGAUCCGCAGCAAAGCUUUUCAUACUCUGGACGCCUACGUGCGACUUAUUGCCUUGCUCAUUAAGCACUCCGGUGAUGCCAAUAAUGGCGUAACAAAAGUGAAUCUUCUCAAUAAAGUUUUAGGAAUUGUAGCAGGAGUUUUGCUACAAGACCAAGAAGUUCGUGGCGCGGAAUUCCAGCAGUUGGCUUAUCAUCGCAUCCUCAUUAUGCUGUUUCUUGAGCUAAAUGCACCCGAGCAAGUUCUUGAUUCCAUCAACUUUCAAGUACUGACGGCUUUUUGCCAUACGCUGCACAUACUGAGACCAGCUAAGGCCCCAGGUUUCGCUUAUGCAUGGCUGGAAAUUGUUUCGCAUCGGGUCUUUAUUGGUCGGCUUCUGUCCAUUACGCCACAGCAAAAGGGCUGGGGGAUGUAUGCCCAACUACUGAUCGACUUGUUUAAGUUCCUGGCCCCAUUUCUACGCAACGCCGAAUUGAGCAAGCCUGUCUCGAUGUUGUACAAAGGAACGCUCCGUGUCCUUUUGGUUUUGUUGCACGACUUUCCGGAAUUCCUCUGCGACUAUCACUAUGGAUUCUGUGAUGUGAUCCCUCCCAAUUGUAUUCAGAUGAGAAAUCUGAUUUUGUCGGCGUUCCCACGUAAUAUGCGGCUGCCUGAUCCAUUCACGCCCAAUCUCAAGGUGGACAUGCUACCGGAAAUCAGUCACGCUCCUCGGGUACUGACCCAUUUUGCAGCAAUGAUCCAACCGCCUACGCUCAAAAAGGAUUUGGAUUCGUACCUGAAAACACGUGGACCUGUAACCUUUCUUUCCGAGUUGCGAAGUGUGGUUCAGGUUCAUGUCUCAUCCAUGAAUCUUCACGUGUCUCCGGAACCUGGAAUGCAUUAUAAUUUGCCGUUGUUGAACGCAUUGGUCUUGUACGUUGGUACCCAAGCCAUUCAAUCGAUUCAGACCAAAGGAUUAUCGCCGUCAAUGGCUACCAUUGGCCAUUCGUCUUACAUGGAUAUUUUCCAGAGUUUAGCUGUUAACCUCGACACGGAAGGGCGCUAUCUGUUCAUCAAUGCCAUUGCCAAUCAGCUGCGUUACCCCAAUAGCCACACCCACUACUUCAGCUGCGUUCUUCUCUGUCUCUUUGCAGAAGCGAAUUCCGAGGCGAUUCAAGAACAAAUCACUAGGGUUUUGCUCGAGAGGCUCAUUGUCAACCGACCACACCCUUGGGGAUUACUCAUUACAUUCAUAGAACUGAUUAAAAAUCCUGUUUUCAAGUUUUGGAAUCAUGAAUUUGUCCACUGCGCACCUGAAAUCGAAAAACUGUUCGAGUCAGUAGCUCGGUCGUGCAUGGUGGUCCAGAAACAAACUCCUCGGGAUGCAGAAAACCAUGAUUGAUUAACUGAGCUCACCGACUACUUAUGUACAGCUCGUGCGUGUGCUCAUAUUCUCACCAUGUCCAUUUGGUUUUUUUUUUUGUUCCCCUUAUACCUUCUGGCGGUGCGUGGUGAAUUGUGUCAGAACAUGUCCAUUUAGUUUUUGAACGAAUGUAUCAUUCUUUUUCUUCUUUUUUGAAUCCCCAUUUUCGCUCAUUUUUCUUUCUUCCUGUGGUAUCGAGUUCAAAUUUCUCGCUUUUCCCCAGGGUCUGCAAUCACUGUGGGUGUCCAUGUAGUAAUGUUCACUUUUAAUAAUACACGCAAAGCAAAUAGA